UGGACAGUCAAGGUGACGGCAGUAGCCAACCAGACACCAUCUCUCUGGCCUCACGCACCUCGCAGAACACCCUGGACAGCGACAAGCUGUCCGGGGGCUGCGAGCUCACCGUGGUGAUCCAUGACUUCAUGGCCGGCAACAGCAACGAGCUGACGGUGCGGCGGGGCCAGACGGUGGAGGUCUUGGAGCGCUGCCACGACAAGCCCGACUGGUGCCUGGUCCGCACCACCGACCGCUCGCCCGCCCACGAGGGCGUGGUGCCCUGCGCCAUGCUCUGCAUCGCCCACUCGCGCUCCAGCAUGGAGAUGGAGGGCAUCUUCAACCACAAGGACACUCUGUCAGUGUGCAGUAAUGACUCCAUCAUGCCGGGCUCCUCAGCCACCCUGCAGCCUGGACACGGGAUGGGCUCCCACACCUCGCCAGGGCCCAAACGACCAGGGAACACCCUGAGGAAGUGGCUGACCAGCCCGGUGCGCCGCCUCAGCAGCGGCAAGGCGGACGGCCACGUCAAGAAGCUGCACAAGCACAAGAAGAGCCGCGACGCCCGGAAGAGCAGCGAGGUCAUGGCCGGCUCCCAGAAGGACUCGGACGACAGCGCCGCCACGCCCCAGGACGAGACCGUGGAGGAGAGGGUGCGCAACGAGGGCCUGUCCAGCGGGACGCUCUCCAAGUCCAGCUCGUCGGGGAUGCAGAGCUGCGGGGAGGAGGAGGGCGAGGAGGGGGCCGACUCGGUGCCCCUGCCCCCCCCCAUGGCCAUUCAGCAGCACAGCCUGCUGCAGCCCGACGCACAGGAUGACAAGACCUCCUCCCGCCUGUCCGUCCGUCCGUCCAGCUCCGAGACCCCCAGCGCGGCCGAGCUGGUGAACGCCAUCGAGGAGCUGGUCAAGAGCAAAAUGGCUCUGGAGGACCGGCCCAGCUCUCUCUCAGUGGAACAGGGGGACAGCAGCUCUCCCUCCUUCAACCCGUCGGACAACUCCCUCCUGUCCUCCUCCUCCCCCAUCGACGAGAUUGAGGAGCGCAAGACUGGCUUUCUGAAGAGACGCCAUUAUGUGCUGCUGGAGCUGGUGGAGACGGAGAGGGACUACGUCAGAGACCUGGGCCUGGUGGUAGAGGGCUACAUGACCCGGAUGAAGGAAGAGGGGGUUCCAGACGACAUGAAGGGGAAAGACAAGAUCGUCUUCGGCAACAUCCAUCAGAUCUUCGACUGGCACCGAGAUUUCUUCCUGGGCGAGCUGGAGAAGUGUCUGGAGGAGCCGGACAGACUGGGCUGUCUGUUUGUCAAACAGGAGCGAAGGCUACACAUGUACAUAGUGUACUGUCAGAACAAGCCCAAGUCAGAGCACAUCGUCUCCGAAUACAUCGACACCUACUUCGAGGAGCUGAAGCAGCGGCUGAAUCACCGGCUGCAGAUCACCGACCUGCUGAUCAAGCCGGUCCAGAGGAUCAUGAAGUACCAGCUGCUGCUGAAGGAUUUCCUCAAGUUCUCCAAAAAGGCCGGGCUGGAGUCUGCAGAGUUGGACAAAGCCGUGGAGGUCAUGUGCAUCGUGCCCAAACGCUGCAACGACAUGAUGAACGUGGGACGCCUCCAAGGAUUCGACGGUAAGAUCGUGGCCCAGGGGCGUCUCCUGCUCCAGGACACCUUCCUGGUGCUGGACCCCGAGGGGAGCCUGCUGGGGAGGAUGAAGGAGAGGAGGGUGUUCCUCUUCGAGCAGAUGUUGAUCUUCAGCGAGCCCCUGGACAAGAAGAGGGGCUUCUCCAUGCCUGGCUUUCUUUACAAGAACAGCAUCAAGGUGAGCUGUCUGGGCAUGGAGGAGAGCGUGGACAGCGACCCCUGUACGUUCACCCUGACCUCCCGCUCGACCACUAGCAGCACGGAGACGUUUGUGCUCCACUCCUCCCACCCGGGGGUGCGUCAGGUGUGGACCCUGCAGAUCAGCCAGAUCCUGGAGAGCCAGCGCAACUUCCUCAACGCUCUGACCUCCCCCAUCGAGUACCAGAGGAACCAUGUGGGGGCCGGCGGCGGGGUGUGCGUGCCCAGCGUAGGCGCUCCGGCUGGGGGCAGCGGUGGCCCCGGCGUGGUCCCUGGAGGAGUGGUCCCCCAGGGGGGCUCCAUCCCCGUCCCCCAGGGGGGCUCCCGCUCACGGCCCUCCCGGAUCCCCCAGCCCUCCCGCCUGCCCCAGCCCCUGCGCCACCAGCCCGGGGGCCCUGACCCCGAGGGCCCCAACAAGAUGUCAGGUUUGUCCCCUCGCCCGGUCCCUCCCCCCCUGCUCCCAGCUCCAGCCCUGGCUGAGCCCGCCGACCAGGCCCCCGGGGUGGGGAAGGGCCAGAGGGGGGUGAGGGUCCAGGGGGGCAGCCCCCAGGGCAAGCGCCCCAGCCUGGCUACCGAUGACCAGGCACAGCCCCCGGCCCCCACAACCCCCGUCCCUGCCGUGGCCCCUGUCCCCCGCGCCACGGUGGGUCCUCUCCCCAUCCCCACCACGCCCAAACCUCGGCCCGGCGCCACCGUCUCCCCCAUGGCCUCCCCCAUGGCCACCCCUGCGUUUGGCAAGGAGGCCCUCUCCCUUCCCCCUCCGAGCCCCGGCCCCAAGUCUGGCUUGGGCUCCUCGUUCUGGAGCUCCAUGCCCAGCUCCCCAGCCAGCCGGCCUGGCUCCUUCACCUUCCCUGGAGAGGCUGGGGACAGUCCCGCCCGACCGAACCACAACCACACCCAGGCCGGCUCAGGCUCGGGGCCGGGGUCUCAGACUCACAGACACUCCACGCACAGCAAGGAGGCCGACCGCAUGAGCACGUGCUCGUCCACCAGCGAGCAGUCCAUCCAGUCCACCCAGAGUAACGGGAGUGAAAGCAGCAGCAGCAGUAGCGUGUCCACCAUGUUGGUGACCCAGGACUACGUGGCGUUGAAGGAGGAUGAGAUCAGCGUGCUCCAGGGGGAGGUGGUCCAGAUCCUGGCCAGCAACCAGCAGAACAUGUUCCUGGUGUUCCGCGCCGCCACCGAGCAGGGCCCGGCCGCCGAGGGCUGGAUCCCCGGCUACGUUCUGGGACACACCUCCGCCAUCAUCCCCGACUGUCCCGACGGAACCAUCAGCAGGAAGUCAUCGUCCUGGCACACGUCCCUGCGCAUCCGCAAGAAGUCCGAGAAGAAGGAGAAGGAUGGAAAGAAGGAGACCAAGCUGGAAAACGGUUACAGGAAGUCCAGAGAUGGCCUACCCAAUAAGGUUUCAGUAAAGCUUCUAAACCCAAACUACAUCUAUGAUGUCGCCCCAGAGUUCCUGCUGCCCCUGAGUGACGUGACGUGUGACAACGGAGAGAGUGUCACCCUCAGGUGUAAGGUGUGUGGGCGCCCCAAAGCCACCGUCACCUGGAAAGGACCCGACCAGAGCACCCUGACCAACAACGGACACUUCAGCACCGCCUACAGUGAGACAGGCGAAGCGACCCUGCGGAUAGUGGGCGUGGCCUCUGAGGAUGACGGCGUUUACACCUGCGUCGCCACGAACGACCUAGGCAGCGUGACAUCAUCAGCCAGCCUCAGAGUAUUAGCUGUGUCCAGUGACGGGGUCAGGGUGAGCUGGAAGGACAACUUUGACGCCCACUACACAGAGGUGGCUGAACUGGGCAGGGGCCGGUUCUCCGUGGUCAAGCGUUGUGACCACCCGGGGACCAAGCGCACGGUGGCGGUCAAGCUGGUCAACAAGAAGCUGAUGAGGAGGGACCAGGUGACCCAGGAGGUCAGCCUGCUCCAGAGGCUCCAGCACACCCACCUGGUCGGCCUCACAGACACGUACGAGACCUCCAGCAGCUACGCUCUGGUCCUGGAGAUGGUCGAUCAGGGCCGUCUCCUGGACUACGUGGUGAGCUGGGGGAGUCUUACUGAGGAGAAGGUGGCUUGUUACCUGCGAGACAUUCUAGAAGCUCUACAUUACCUUCACAACUGCAGAGUGGUACAUCUCGAUGUGAAGCCUGAGAACCUACUGGUGGCCCACACUCCCGCCGGCCAGCCUACGGUCAAGCUAACUGACUUCGGGGACGCGGCCCAGCUCAACAGUGCCCACUACGUGCACCCUCUCCUGGGCAGCCCCGAGUUCGCCUCCCCCGAGCUGGUCCUGGGGGAGCCCGUCUCCCUGACCUCCGACCUGUGGAGCCUGGGGGUGGUCACCUACGUGCUGCUGAGCGGGGCCUCGCCCUUCCUGGACGAGAGCGCCGAGGAGACCUGCCUGAACAUCUGCCGGCUGGACUUCAGCUUCCCCCGGGACUACUUCCAGGGCGUGAGCCAGGCCGCCCGGGACUUUGUGUGCCUGCUGCUGAGGAGCGACCCCGGCAGACGCCCGCCGGCUGGGCUCUGCCUCCAGGAGGCCUGGGUCCAGGCGGGGGCCGGGGGGGAGGGCUUCCUGGACACGUCCCGCCUUGUGUCCUUCAUCGACCGCAGGAAACACCAGACGGACGCCAGGCCUAUCGGAGGGGUACGCAGCUUCCUGCAGAGUCGUCUCCAGCCGCGAGUCUGAAGGGGGCGCCCGGGAGGAGGCCCAAUUCCAAACCAAAAAAACGAAACCCUCUGCUGCCCUCUCAGCUACUGCAAGGCUGUGGGGGAGAGUGGACGGUGUCGGAUGCCUUCGCGGACGGCUGGAGGGGUAAUGGAGGGCGUCUUGUUGGUUUGGAACUGGGCAUCUGAAGACGAGACGGAGAAGAACAAAAAAAAAAAUUAAGUGUGCUGAUCUCAUCCUCUUCCACAUGGACUGUGGAGAAUCAAUCAUGUAGUCCUUUCGCCAAUGGUAGGGCCUGUUUCAGGUCCUAAGCCAGUCUGAGUGCUGGAAGGAACAGUCCUCAGCCAAUCAACAAAAGGAUGGAAUGUCCUUACCAGUCUACUGCUGCUUGCUGGUUUCAACUCAAAACACAUUUUCUACGAGGGGGGGGGUGGGGGUGGGGGGGCUUAAACGGUCCAAAUGGAUAACUUAUCACCGAGCGUCAGUCGAUCAACAGAACCUCAUGAUUGAGCCAGAUGUAACUGCACAAAGGAGCAGAUAUUUCAGGAGAAAGCGAUGCUAACAGAGCUAGCGUUAGCGACACUGCAGAGCGUUUCCCUCCUCUUGUUGCUAGGGAGAGCGAGACAUUCUGUUUCAGACCUUUUACACAAUGUUACUCAAAGACUUUUGAGAAACACCCCUUUCUUAAAGAUACUAUGUAAAGGAUAGAUGAUGAUGUCCAUAACUUUUCAAGAACACGUUUGAGAAAUAAAAUCUAAUAAUAAAAAAUAAUUUAAAAAAUAAGAUUCGAGAAAAUCCUCGUCAGUUGAAAGUUGCUGUGCUACAUUGGACGCUGUAGGAACCCAGUUCUGGAGAUCUGCUUCCUGUAAUUGAGGUCCUCAAAGCAGUUGAGACAUUUUUACGUCCAAUCAGAGCUUUUUGAUUGCUGCGCUCAUGUACCUAGCUCUAAUCUUAAGAAACCAUGAUAACCAUGUUGCAAGUAACAAUACAGAUUCUAACUGCUGCACUGUCCGAUCUCGUCAAACAAACAAUAGACAAAUAAUUCAUUGUUGCUUUUACCAGAACAAAUUGUGUUGUGCAGAUUUAAGAUGUUUAAGCCUUACUUUGUAUAUAGACUCAAACUGCCUUCUGUCCCUCAUAUUCAAAAUGGCUGCCUGCUUUUAAGUGACGUCAUAGGAGGCAGGACAAAGGUAUCCUGCAAAUGUAAAUGUUGAUUGUCAUUGGGCAUCGGAGCCUGGGUGACGGCAGAGACAGCCUAUCCGAGGCUGGAGGAACGAGGACGCAGUAGAAGACAGAAAACUGUAAAUGCACUCACUGUAUGUCAUGUUUCUGAUUCUUAUCAUGUGCAAUGUUGCGGCUUUAACAUUUUAUGCAACUAUUUAUGAAGACAUCUGUUGUAUCUGUAAUAAAUAUAGAGAAAAGCAUGUACUUGGUACUGCAAGAUCUGCUGGUAGGGGUGUUUAUUUGACCUUUGACCUUAUUGGAGUAUUAUUGACUUCCCAGGUAAAUGUUUGGGCUCUGAAGUCACCUGGCACUUAUGACUAGAUAUUUGAUUUGUCACUUUUUUUUUUUUUUUUUGUACAGUAGUUACUGGUAUACCAAAGUUGUUCCAGCUUUACCUAGACUAUUGUUUUUUUGAUGACAUUUCACUUUUUUAAGUUAAACAUAUUAUACAUGUUUUAACUUUAUUAUGGGAUGUUUACACUUGUUUUACUAGGCUUUAUGUUGUGUUUUAUUUGUGAGAACGCUAUGGCCAGCUUGACUUUAGACUAUCAAACACACCCAUGAUUGUAUUCUCUAAAAUCACUAGGGUGUUCUUCCUUGUUACCUGAAAUAGUUUCAUAAUUUCCUGGCAUUUAAAAUAUAUAUUGCUGUUAUGUUUUAGUGUUCAUUAAUUGAAUUUAUAACCACAUCAAUUGUUAACUGUAAAUAUGUAUUGCAUAUUGUAGGUGUUUCAUGAUUGGGAUGAUACAUUUUGCCAAACAUUAAUUGUCAGAAAUGACCGAAAUUCCACAUACUGCACUCAACUUUGUGUCUCCAAUAGCAAGCUUAAUACAUAGUUAAUAUGGUGUCAUUUUAGGUUUACCCCAGCUGAUGUUGUUACUCAUCGACAUGCAGAAAACAAAAAAACGUUUGACCCUUUUAAUUUGCUUCCUCGUUCUCAAAAUGGAGACAGGGAUGUGUUUGCGUAGAAAGGUCAGUCAUGUGCUGCACCCAUAGUCAACACAAAUAGAUCUGACUAGAAUGUAUUGUUGAACUGUUGUUCUGGGGAGUGUUGCUACCAACUCAUAAGAAGACGAUGCUGCCAAACAGGUUCGGUUGCAAGAGAGGAAGAAGGAUGUUAAAGCUGUACAGUCCCAAACCAUGCCCUUGUAUUUAUUUGUAAUUUAAUCUUUGUAAAGUUGUACAAACGCCAUCAAAUCAAGCAAACUUGGACUGGAUCAUUUUUGUCAGUCAUGUUUUUUUUGUCCGUUAUUGUGUUGUCCAUGUCUUUGUUCCCAUUGCAUCAUAUUUUAUACAUAUGUAUAAUUGUUUACCAUGGUUUUAUUAAUUUUUGCUUCUUUUUUUUUAUCUUUGCAUGUAGAUUCUUUUGUACAAACCAUAAUUAUCCAAAUGAUUUUUUGUAAAUAUUUUCAUUAGUUUGCCAUCAGUUACUUAAAAAUAAACUUACUGAACGUAACAAUUUUUUCUUCUGAUUUGUUUGUUUUGAUUUGUUUUAUUUCUCGUCUCUCUUAUUUGUAGUUAUCAUUUUGUUUGAAAGACAAAACAUAAAACAAUGUUGAAUAACAUUUAUUCAAAUGGGUAAUGCAUUUGGGGCGUAGCAAUUCUCUGGUGUUUUUCCACUGUACUGGUAUGCUGUUGGUGACAACCCAGCCGUCCUGAAAGACAAGGUGUUUCCCUAGAGUAUUAACACCUACAAGGUCGCAUAGCAAAACUUCAGGAACACUUUCUUCACCAAACGCUAUGGGAUGUAAAGUUCCUUUCAAAGGUAGAAGACUUUGUGUCAACUCAUCGGGGCAAGCUUAUUCCACUUACUAAACCUGCUGGUUAUUCCUUGAGAAUCGGAAGCCUCCAGGACACUGUCCAUGCUGAAAGUGAAGAUCAGUUACAGACUGAAGAAGAAUGGGACGAGGUAAUGCAGUGUGAUCAAAUCAUGAAAAUCAAGAAGGAACAAGACAGGUUUCAACAGUUGUUGAUGGAACAGAUGCUGAAGGAUCUUGAAGCAAUAGAAAAAAGAAAGAAAUCUGAGUGUCAAUCAGUGAAGAGAAAAUGUCUGCAUGCAGAUCACUCACAAGAGAAUGUCAGAGGUGUGGCGUGGCGUAGGGAGGGUAAACAUAGCCUACUGAAGGAACUGAGGAAAGUCAACUGUUCAAUACCACCCACAGCAUCAAAUUUCUGUCUUGUAAAGACAGAAGUUGUUUAGUUGUUUGAGUUACAAUGAACACAACUGACCUCUGUGGAACUUAUCCACAUUCCUGGGCCAGUUCCAUAAAAAUAUACCUAGUCUUAGCCUACGCCGUGGCUACACUGCUUCGGACGCAGUGUGGACUCAGCAGAGUUCUAAUCCGUUGUAAGCAAUGAGAGUGGCUACAA